GUGCAAAUGCAUGGUGCAGAUGUUUCUCUUCGCGAGAGAAAAAGGAAGAGGACGAACAACCAGAACGCGCAACCACGAGCAACCACGAGCAGGUGCACGACCUCCACGUGCCGGCAUAGUUUCGAACGCUCUCGAACGGACGUCCUCUUCAAGGCUCCCGAUUUCAACAGCUGUUCGACCUCUGACCAUGGCACCAGUGCGAAGGCGUAGACCCGGGUUCAACGCCUACCAUAUCCAGGAGAGAGCUCUGCGAAAGCAGAGACGUCGCAUGCUCAGGGAGAGGGCACAAGCGCUGAGGGUGUGCUCGGCGCUGAUGGACAGGGCUGAGAGGCAGAAGUCGAAAACCAAGAGCUUCUGUGACGAAGUUAAGGCCGACGCAGAUCGCCUGCGUGAGGUGUGCCAGACACUGAUGGGACUGGUGGAUCGCAACGACGAAACGUGGAAGGACUUCUUCGACAGGGCGGAAGAGGCUGGUGCCAAGAUGGAGCGCAUGUGUGCCUCUCUCGUGAACAUCGCGGAGACCAACGAGAACAUGGUUGUGCAGUUUGUGCAAGACGUGCAGGCGCGUCCUUCCCGUCGUCAAGUGCCGCAAGUGCCGCAAGUGCCGCAAGUGCCGCAAGUGCCAGAGAUUGCGCCGCGCGAUUCGCCCACGCUUCCAUGACGUAGUCUCUUCUACAGGUGCUGGCCGGGACAUCAUCUGGAGUGCUGAGUCGCCAGACAUUCAAUAAAGUUGUUUGUUGUCUUUCCAAA